UCCUCCUCAGACUACGGCAUCUUUCCCAACCUUCCUCCCUAAUCAUUAGUCGUUUCUGCUCUGCGCUUUUCUAAGCUUAGCUAAAUUUUUUUUGGGUUUAGGAUUAAGGAAAUAGUUUAAUGUUAGACUUGUUUUCCAUUUUCUCCUAUUCUAUUUCCAGCCCAUAUAUUUGAAUUUUGUUUGGAGAAUUCUAAUUUCGAAGGCAACACAAUGCCUACUACUUCUUCGUGAACUUAGAUAUAUCUAUUUACAUUUUCAUUCUGCAGGUUCAACCAAUUUAGGGCUUUUGCUUGGAUCUGGUGAAACAAAAUUCUCAAGCAACUAAUUUAGGGCUUUUGCUUGAAUUUGCAAGAAGCUAGAAAACCUAGUUUGAUAGCCUCCUUCUUAGCAACCUUUGUCGCAUAAAAUUUGAGCAACCCACUAGUGUCUGUCCUAUGAUUAGAUGUAAAACCAUAAGUGGAGGUAAUGCUCUGCAAUUAACUAUCACAGAAGCAAUGAAGUUGGGAAGAGAAGCUGCUGAAUGCAUCAGUGGAAAUUUUAUAAAAGCAAAGGCUCUUGUUUCACAUGACGACGAGGAUGAGGACUCAAAUGAUGACUACAACGAUGAAGAAGAGUCGCAAUCACCAAUUGACAAGGUGGAUCCUUUUACUUUCAUUGUGCAUACUGGCAAAGUGAUGCAAGCAUCAGAUCCAUUGAGGUUCUAGAAUACAAACACUGGACUUCCAUCACCAAGAGCUAGCAAAUGGUGUUGCCUAGCAUGUUGAACAGAUGAGAGCAGUGAUUGAAAAGGAAAGAAUGGAAAAAGCAAAUAAUGUUUAGAAUAAUAGUUUUUUUUUAUUUGGAUGUAAUCUUAAUUUAAUUUGCUUGUUAUAAAUAUAUGAUACUCUGCAUGGAUUAUUUAAUUUUAAUAAUAUA